GGCAGAGUGAGGAGAGAGAGCUGAAGCUGGGACUUCCCUGAGCCUCCAUCAUCUGCAGGGAGGGAAAAAAAACAUCACACACACACCGCCUCCCACACACACACUCACUGUGCUGAGAGCUAGCAAGAGGCUUUAAACGGCUUCACUGGAAACAGAGACAAAGGGACUGUAACCCGCCACAAUGGAGGAAAACAUGGAUGAAUCGCAGAGCCAGAAAGGCUGUAAGGAGUGCUGUGAGCGAUGUGUGGGCAGCCUGCCCUGGGCCUCGCUCAUCGCCACCAUCCUCCUCUACAUGGGCGUGGCCUUGUUCUGUGGGUGUGGCCACGAGGCACUGAGCGGCACCGUCACCAUCCUCCAGAACUACUUUGAAGUCAUCAGAGCCCCGGGAGAUACGCUGGAUGUGUUCACCAUUAUCGACAUCCUGAAGUACAUCAUUUAUGGCCUUGCAGCUGGAUUCUUUGUGUUUGGAGUGCUGCUGCUGGUGGAGGGUUUUUUCACCACCGGAGCCAUCAGGGAUCUCUAUGGAGAGUUCAAGAUCACCGCCUGCGGACGCUGCCUGACUGCAUUCCUGAUGUUCCUGGCCUACCUGUUCUUCCUGGUCUGGCUCGGGGUGACGGCGUUUACCAGCCUGCCGGUCUUCAUGUACUUCAAUGUUUGGUCCAUGUGUCAGAACACCAGCUCGGUGGAGGGAGCCAACCUCUGCCUGGACCUGCGUCAGUUUGGUGCGGUGACCAUCAACGAGGAGAGGAAGGUGUGCACGGGAUCUGAGAAGUUCUUCAAGAUGUGUGAAUCCAACGAGCUGGACCUGACCUUCCAUCUGUUCGUGUGCGCGCUGGCGGGAGCCGGAGCUGCUGUCAUCGCCAUGGUCCACUUCCUGAUGGCUCUAGCCGCUAACUGGGGCUACCUGAAGGACGCCAGCCGGAUGCAGAAGUACGAGGACAUCAAGUCGAAGGAGGAGCAGGAGCUGCACGACAUCCACUCUACACGCUCCAAAGAACGCCUCAAUGCCUACACAUAAACACAUAGCCACGAGAAACGACACACACAGACGCACACACACCACGUGACACACGCACACACACACACACACACACACACACACACACACACACACACAUAUACAGAAGCCUGAUGUUAGAAACACAGCAUCAACAACACAAACCACAAAGAUGCAUUCAAACACACAGACGAAGACACGAGUGGGCAGAAGUUAGAUGACAACAACAACAGAACAAUGACAGCGCAGACGCCCUCAUCAUCCUUGUGUCUGCAGUAGAUCAUUGGCUGCGUGUUUCAGGUUCAGCAUUCAACACGUUUAAAUGACCACAGAUGGUUUCUGGAAGUCACAGGAUGUAGACUGCAGGUACCAGCUUGGUGAAGCAGAGACGCCACAACCGUGAUUAUUUAGUCAGAGCGCCGUUGCUGCAUCCCGGACUUCAAACUAAUCACCCCAGAUGACCGUGAUUAGUUUGAAGAACCACCAACACGCCGCUGUGUUUUCCCUCCAGCAGAAGGAUCGUGAGGUGCAACCAGACCAUUCUCCAUGAAGGUCUGGAUGUGCCGAACUAUUCCACCCAUAGUGCUGCUGUGGCUACGUCAGCUUUAAGAAGUCCUUCGAGUAAAAGCCAAAAUCCUGAAGCCCUUUAAACCCCAGAAUGCUCAACAUUCAGUGAUCCAUAGGGGGAAAAAUGAAAAUCAAAAGAGUAAAAAGCUUCUGAAAAUUAGCCAAACACACAUUAACAGAGCACAGUGUGUCGAAAGCAGCACAACAAAGACGUACCAAAAAUGAACGAGUGGAAAAACCCAAAGAUUUGUUGUUGUUUUUUUCAAAAAUUUGGUCCUCGAUGGCAUCUGUUCAGGCAGCAAAGAGGAAGAAGAGAAGCUAACACGCUAACGGCUACAUCUACAGCAGACACGUGAAGGCGUCUGUCGGCUCAUCAUUUAAUCUGGGGGAGGACAGGAUCAGUGCUCCCCCGUCUCCCCCAUCAACCACACACACACACACACACACACACACACACACACACACACACACACAUAGAUGUGACUGAAUGGUUGGUGUUGUUCGGUGAUGUCAUGCUGUGUCGUGUCGUUUCGCCGCACUAUGAUGACUGGUGUUGCAGAGAAAAAGGUCCCCGAGGAACUUUGUGCCUCCUUGGUACAAACAGGAAGCUUUGCCACCUUUCCUUCCUCCUUUCCUUCCUCCUUUCCUUCCUUCCUUCCUUCCUUCCUUCCUUCCUUCCUUCCUUCCUUCCUUCCUUCCUCUCUUCCUUCCUUUGUUCCUUCCUUCCUCUCUUCCUUCCUUCCUUCCUUCCUUCCUUCCUCAUUUCCUUUUCCUUUCCUUGCUUCCUUUCCUUCCUUCCUUCCUUCCUUCCUUCCUUCCUUCCUUCCUUCCUUCCUUCCUUCCUUCCUUCCUUCCUUCCUCAUUUCCUCACCCCUCCAGAUUGUAAAAACUUGUGAUUUGUCCUCAGAAACAGCACAUCUUAGCAGCACAAAGUCUUUUUGUCAUCUUCUCAUCGCUCUGUUGAAGAACAUUUUUUAUCACUUUUUGGAAUUUUUGCCACGUUUUUAUCUGUAUUAUUUCUGUGUGGUUUUAGCACUAUGGGUAUUUAAGCAGGGCAGAUGUUGGGGAGGGGUGGCGGGGUGGGUUGGGUUAGUUUCACAUUUUCAUGUAAUGGUUCUGUAUCUCAGUGGUUCUGCACACACACACACAAGCAUGCACGCACACACACACACACACACACACACACACACACACACACACACACACACACACACAGGCCAGUCAUCUGGAGAGUUUCCAUUACUCAUUCUGUCGUCGUGUUUUCUUCGUCGCCUUCGUUCUACGAGGCCUAACGUGAGCAGAUGUUAGCAGUGAGCUGAGUCUGAAGGUCCACCUGGACAGACGUUCGGUUCUAAUGGUUCUAAAGGAGGUCUAGAAGUGCUGAAGGAAGGAGGAGGGUUGUUGACGGCUAACGAGCUAACGAGCUAACAGUUGGGUUUGUGCUCUUACAGGCGGUUCCCAGUCCACAUUUGGUGUCUUACAUCAUCAUCUCCUCAGGUGCUUCUGCUUUAGAUGCUGGGUUAGUUUGGGUCAGCGGAGCUACACCUGCUAGGGUCAGAUCGGGAACGUCGAGGCUCGCUUUGUUCCUAAUGCAGUGUGUUUGCAGCUCUUCAGAGUCAGAGGAGGAAUAUUGGAGAAAGAAAACGCUCUGAUGUUGUGUUGUGUUCGUUUUAGUGUGUAGUCGUGUCAAGCAGCCAUGAGGAGACAUGAUUCUCUAUCUGCCAGUAGAGAUGACUGAGUUCAGAGUGACUUCAGGACGACAGUGAAGACGUUGGUUUGAUUUGACGAGAACACACACACACACACACACACACACACACACACACACACACACACACACACACACACACACACACACACACACACACACACACACACACACACACACACUCCACCACCGCCAUCACUCUGAGCCAUAACUCUUCGCUCUUUUACUUUUCACCGACAACAUUUCACUAUUUUAGUAUCAACUUUUAAUCUUUGAAACUUUUUAAAUGUGAAAUCAUUUAAUUAGAAAAAAGAAAUGUGUUUUUUUUCUUUUUUUUCUUUCGGUGUGGGCAGUAUGAAGCACUGUACCUACGUUAACUCUGUAUAAAGAUAUACAUAUAUGUGAAACAGUGGAGGUGAGCAGCCGCGAGAAUGAUUUCCUAUCGGUUACUGAGUCUGGAGGAGGUGCUUCAGUCCCAAUGUCCUGAGCUUCUACUCCCUGCAGAGCUGCAUUUACACGCCUGGACGAGGUUUGGAAGUCUCUACAGCACAUAUAUCGGCUGAUUUAAAGGCAGCACCGGCAUUUAAAUAUCACAAAUGAAUGCUGUGCUUUGAGGAAAACAUUUGGUAAUGAUGUCAGUCAGGAAAGUAAAAGUCCAAGAACACCAGUGAAGCUCAUGCAGAGACCAAACAUGCAAUAACACCUCUGAGCUUCAGACACUAACAGCUGCACUCGUUUGCUGAUUUCUGAGUCCUUAGCGGAGUCAAACUUGGUUCUCGUGUCGUGUAAAUGCAGCCGAAUGCGACAAAAGACAAAAAAACCAAAACGUUCCAGCAGUGUUGAAGAAGGGAGCCUCCGUCAGACUCGUGUCCUGUUCAGGUGCGUCUCGGCUGCAUACAGUCAGUAUUUUUAAGGGUCUAGUUUUACAGUAACAGUAUUCUAUCAUUUCAUUGCCUGACAAUGGAUGUCUUGUCAGUGUUUUUAACCUCAGAUAAAAGAAAAAAAUAGUUUUUUGUGCACUUAUUGACCAUUGUGAGCUCUCUCUCUCUCUUAUUCUUGGUGUGUAAGUGCAUUGAGAUCCCGGUUGUGGGACCUGUGUAUAGUCUUGCAGCAUUGGUUAUAACCUGAAGAAAUAACAAUGAUGAAAACGAAUGAAUUCAUAAUAAUGAAGAUAAUCUUAUACUACAUAAAAAAAAGACAGUGAAUCUAGUUGUUGUUUGUGGCAUGGUUAUGCAUUCAAUGGUCAUAAUUUUAAUGAUUAAAACAAGACAAAAAAAAAUCAUUCUUUUCCACUGGCGCUGUUCUGCUGUUUUUGUUUGAUUUUCCACUUUUCAGUGUGCAGUAUUGCAGUUCCUGUUGCUAAUGGUGUUGCUAAGCUAGCUUGCUUGCUCAGUUGUUUACCACCAGAGCAAUAUAUUGUAGCAGUUUGACAAAAUCAAGACGUAAACAAGAAAUCCAUUCCCUUCAAUUUCCGGCAUACAAGUGCAUGAAUCUAUGAUUGCAAGUCUUCAGUGAUAUGAUUAUGGUGUUCUGUAUUGUUUAUCCUAAUAAAGCGGAUUUGCAGA